UCUUCAUACAGCAGGAUAAAGUGUGUGUGUGUGUAGUGUGUGUGUGUAUUAGCGAAUCGCGGCAGUGUAUAAAAUCUGCAGCUCUCAUAAACACCAUGAGCCAUUUAACCUCGGGACUAAUUGGAGCAUAUAACAGUCUGACAGACAAACACCUCACUGCGUACUUUAACAAUGUGCGAAUACGGAGACAUCUGCAGAGAGUUGGACUGAUCAGCAGGAGUGGGCGUAUCGUAUCAGAAAAGGAGUUCAGGUAUAAGAUCAUACACAGGGAUCAACAGCGACACAUACGAGAAUGUCUUGCUCAGGCCAUAUUCCACAGAGUGCUGGACAUGGAGCGCCUGCAUCAGACAGAGAUAAGGAGGAAAAUGGAGGAAUUUUCCAGGAGAGAGAAAGUGAAUAAAAUGAAGGUGGAACGCUGUAACAGGUACGAGGAUGAUCCAGUCCUCUUCCUCUCUCCACGCCCACCAACUCGACUGAGGAGUUCACAAGCUCGGCAUUCUGGGCCGGAAAGAGAACCGUCUGACUCCACUGACUCGUUGGGCUCGUCAAGACCAAACACAGCUCCAGAGAAAACUCAGCGUCCAGUUCGUCUGAAGCCCCUGAACAGUGACAACACUCAGACAUCAUCCAAGAGAAACUUGUCUCGUUACCGGAACGACUUGACUAAUGACAGGGAACAACCACUGAGCUGCACAAUGGACAGAGAUGUGAUGAGACACUUGACACUAACAGAUUUCUCCAGCUCCGUCUCUCCAUACCGUCUUCCUGUCAUUAAUAACUUUGUGACCCCUGUUCCUCCUCCACGCAAGAAGGACAACAUACAAAACGGGACUCUGCGGGGUCGAAGGUUACGGCCCACUACAGCCCCGAGUGAUGCUCCUGACACAAAGGAGGGUACUGUUCAGCAGGCAUGGUCUCGCAGUGUGGUGUGGGUAAAGAUGGUGUACUUUGGGAAGAGUUUGCACCUGUCACAUGACCCAAUGGAGCCAAAGGAUGAUGUGAAGGUUUUCCAACAGCAUUGUGGGGGUGAAAAUCUAUGUGUUUAUAAAGGAAGGCUGAAAGAAGGAGAGUCAUUUCAGUUCCUGUCUCGACGUCAUCGUGGUUUCCCCUUCAGUUUAACUUUUUACCUGAAUGGGCUGCAGGUUAAGCGUCUCAGCUCCUGUUGCGAGUUCAAACACAAGAAAAACUCACGGAUUGGUGGACACCAUGCCUUAUUUGGCUUCUCUGGGGUUGAAGGAGCCACCCCUUGCUAUAGGUGCAUCAUAGCAAUGGGCCUGGAUAAAAAACCUGCUCCACCAAAGGGGAUUAGAAAUGAUCCACUUGUCUCCUGGAAAAAUCAAGGUGAAGAGGAAAAAUGCUCGCAGUCUGAAUCCAGCCAAUCACACAACAAUGAGACCAAGAGAAACACCAAUCAGGAGCACAAACGCAAAAACGGUUAUGAGGAAGACUUUGAGGCUGAUGAUGAAGAUCCUAUGAAUGAUGGAGUGGAUGAGGGAAACAAGACAUCUCCAUCUCUUUGCAGAGAAGAGGAGGAUGAGAGAAGAAAGGAUGAAAAUGGAAAUGAGGAUUUGAACAGCAACAAAGUGAGAGGAUCAUCGUCCGUCUCCUCUGGUCUGUCCUGCAGUGAGGAAGAUGAAGAUGAGUUGGAAGAAGAGCAGGAAAAUGAUGAGCUGAACCCUAAUAAACACACAGCGAAUUUAUCAUCCAUAAAAGAUGCAGAAGAGAAUGAGAUCUUGGGGACAAACAGCGUUUCUCUGCUCACUAAGGAUGAAUCCCCAAACCAGGAGAUGGAACACAUAGCGAGGGAAUAUGGAGAGGCUGAGCAACCCAAAGACGAUGCCGAAGAAGCAAAGGAACCUAGAAAUGAAUGUGGAGAAGCUGAAGAACCCAGAGGGGAACCUGAAAAAAUUGAGGAACCAGGAGAAGCUCAGAAAGCCAGAGAGGACAUCAGAGAGGGAAGAGCUGAUGCGAAUAAGGAAAGAAACCAAGCCAAGUCUGUGCAGGAGAAGUUUGCAAAAGCUUUUUUAAUCAUGACUGAGUGUGUUUCUGAACCUGAGCUCAGCGACUCCUCCACUGAGGAAGACGAGUUGGUUUCUGUCGAGAUCCAGCAGCUCAGUCCAGUUCCAGGAGCUGAGCCUGAAAGUAAUAUGGCCCAGCAGACAACUGAUGAAGAAAAUGGAGCUGAACCUGUGCAAAAGGCUGAAAGAGAAGAAGCACAUGCAGAGGAGCCCAAAGAGGAACCUGAAAAGGAAACACAAGAAACACCACAACCUGAGACAAAAGCAGGGGAAGAAUUAAAACACACCAACCAAACAGAAGUAAAAGUAUUUCAAAACACAACCAAUGAAGAUGAACAUGUGCAAGACGAGCCAAACAAUGGUGAUGAUAUGAAUGAAGACCAAAAACCAGAAAUAAAGCAAGACAGAAUUGAUGAGGAAGACAAACAAGAGCAGGAGGACAAUAAUGUCACAAAUGAGGAUAAUAAAUCAAAUAAAGAACCUGAAAUGAUGGAAAAGCUUGAGGAUAAAGAGACAAAAGAUGGAGAAAAACAUGAGAAAGAGACUACAAAUGAAAAUUCAGUAAAUGCUGCAGAAACCAGAGCAACUCAAGUGUAUGAAGAGCUCAGCAUGAUGGAGGAUAUCACAGUGCUUCAUCCUGAGAACCCUAAAGAAACAUCUGGUAAUCAUGAAAAUAUGGAACAGAAUACUGAGCUAGAAAAAGGGCUGAGUGGAAACAAUGUGUGUGCUGAAGAUCCGGUCACUGUGGAGGUCAGAGCUGAUGCUGUGGAAACAUUUGAUGAAGAAUCAAGAAAUCUGAGGUAUAAAGAGACAGGAAAUGACAUCACAGAAUGUGUUGGAGAAGGCAACAUAGAAAAUAGAGAACUGAAUUUAAAGUCUUACUCAGCAAAUGAGGUGAAAGAUGAAGAUAUUGCAGGUAAGGGUGAAAAAUCAGAAGAACCAUUGGAGGUACAUGAAACUGAGGGGAAAAAAGAACAGUCAGAAGAUGGAGAUGGAGAUGAGACAGAUUUGAGGAAUGGAGUGGAUAAAGUCCAAGAUAAGGAUGAGAUCACAGGUGAAGAAAACAAUGAGGAGAACAUCAAUACAGAGAUGCCUGAGGACAGAUCAGGUCAAAACGAAGCCAGUUCCAAAGGUCAAGUAUCAAAGGACAAAGGAGAGGUUGAUGUGGGAGAAAGAGAAGACGAACUUGCUGAAGGUGAACAAAAGGCUGUCAGUGAAGGUAAAGACACAGGGGACAAUAAACAUGAGGAAGAGCUGAAGGAAAAUACAUCUUUGAAAGAAACCAAGGUUGGAGGAAAUAAGCUAGAGGUUAUGAGUGAAGAUGGAGAAGAAAGGAUAGAUGCUGUUGAAACUGAUGCAGAGAUGCAGAAAAUAGUGAUGGAGCAAGAUGACAAAGAAGAACAAAAAGACUCUGAUUCCACUGUUCAUGAAGCUCUACAGGAAACCACAGAUGGAUCUGAAGUAAAACCAGGAUGGAUUGAAGCAGAAAACAGAGAAGAUAUAAUUACUGCAGACCAGGAGGAGCUUGACAAGAAGGAAGCAGCUGGAGCAGAGAACUGGGUGGAAUGGUCUGAGACCAAUGAAGAGAAAAUAAAUCAAGAGGUGACUAAAGAAGAUGUGAAAGAUGAACAGAGGGAUGAGGACAAUGAGAUAGCAGAUGACCAAAGAGAAACACAUCAAGAGACAAAAAAUGAGGAAGAAGAACACGAAGUUGGUGAAGAAACGUUUGAACAAAAACAAAAUAUACAGCAGGAUACAAACAAUAAAGAAGACAUAAAAAAACCGUUAACAUCAGAGUACAAUAACAAUGCUGCUACUGAGGAUGAAGAUUCAUCAGAAGCCAAAACUCCUGCAGAAGAUCCUGCAGAUGCCAAUUCAGAACCCAAGGACACAAAUGUUGACCUUCAAAGUAGAGGUGAAGAAGAGAACAGGGGAGGAUCUAGCAAUCACAUUCAAUCAUCUACUGAAACUAAAAAGGACAAAAGCAUUAAUGCUGCUGAAGAAAGCAGUAGUGUAGAAGGCAGCACUACUCCUUAUGAAAGAUCUCAGCCUCUGGAGAAAGAUAUGCUUGUCAAAAGAGAGGAGAGAGGAGCCGAACUUUUCGUCGCUCCUCUGACAGAUAAUGAAGAGCUGGUAAGUAACUGGGUUAAUGUUCACCAAGCCUCAAACUAUUUUGAGACCUUUGUUGAGCCACUGUAUGAGAUAAAGAUCCUAGACAGAGAGAGGACAGUAAAUGAAAAUAUGGAAACAGACAAAACUGAAGAGUCUCACAGAAAUGAGAAUGCCAAAGGUGAACAGAUCAGUGAGCGUGAGGAAAUGGAGGACAUGAUAGUGGAAAACAUGGAGACUGAAGCUUUAGGAACAGAGGGUCAAAGAAAUCCAUCCUAUAGAAACCCAUCAGAAGAAGAAGAUAAUCAAACACAAAUUGAUUCUGAGCAAACAGAAGAAGCUCAGGAAGAUGUUGCUAUAAAUAAAGUCAUGAACAUUUCAGCAACACCACUGAUGAAGACUGAAAUUAGCCAAGGUAGCUAACAGAACCCUGACCUAAGCUUCUCUAUGCACCCUGAUGUUCACUAGUAA